ACUAAUACGGUUUUUAUUUUGGGUUAAAAACUUGCCUCAACUGAAAUUAUUUUUAAUAAUUUUAAAAUUAUAGAAACGAUGUCUUACGUAGCUCCGAAUAUUGAUCCGUACCGUAAGGGACAAUCUUUUGCAUCAUGGUUUAAGCGGUUAGGGUACCACUUUCGUAUCAACAAAGUAGCAGAUGCCAACAAGAAAGACCACAUGUUCCUUCUUGGAGGUGAUUAUCUUUUUGAAGUGGCUCAGAAUUUGUACUUUAGUGAGCGGUUGCUUGAUGAAGCACCACUUGAAGAGCUAAUCGAAAAACUUAAGCGAAAAUUGGACAAAAUGGAUUCAGCCUUAAUCCAACGUUUCAAAUUUGGGUCCCGAGUACAACAGUCUGGUGAAACAGCCAGUGAAUUUCUUUUUUCGCUUAAACUCCAAGCUGAGUAUUGUAAUUUCAAGGGUGAUAAACAGGAUCGUAUACUUGAUCGCGUACUCAUUGGCUUGUCGGAUGACGCUUUGAGACAAAAGUUGUUAGCGGUAGAUGGGGACAAAUUGAAUCAAGCUCAAGUUGAGAAGAUUAUAUCGACAUGGGAGUUAGCUGCUUCUAAUGCAAAAACAUUAACACAUGAUCAUUCUUUUGAACAAAUCGCUUCUAUUGUUGGAAGCCGAGAUAUUUUUUUGCAACGCAUGGCAGAUUCAGUUCAUGGUUGUGGCCCAGUGAAGCGCCAUUUAGGUUACAGACAUUCCUCAGCGGUUGGGGAGCGCAACGCAAAGCCAUACUAUAGACACAACAAUCGGGUCGACAAUUGUUCACAGUUCAAACAAGUGAGGUCUCAUCAGGAUCAGCAUCGCAGACAUCAGGAUGCUCUGAUUCGCCCAGGGGAACUGAAGAAUGAGAGCCGAAUCGUUAUCGACCGAAGAGUGUGCGACUAUUGCGGAGUGCCAGGACAUAUUAGAAGGAGGUGCCUGAACCAAUUCAAGAGGAGUCCAAUCAACAACAUCAACUUGAAAGAAAGCAGUACACAUACGGACGAUAAUUUGUCGAGUGAGAUAAAUUGUUGAGAAGACAAGACUGAUGACUCAGACCAAGACUACAGUUGGAGGCGGAAUGACGGCCACGGUACUCCGAAGUCAAAUGAAGGCCGUUGGCGAUGCGCGCGUCCGGAGAUGUCAAUCGAUGAUGGUACAUGUCGAUCCCUAUGUCGAUGAUCCCGAUCCAUUACCACAGCGAAGAACGCGUGUCGAUGAUGAGUCAGCGAAAAGCCCUUCCGGGGAUUCUCGGAGUGAGCAUUGUGGAGGUUCCAGUCGCCGGUCAAGCCGCAUCGAAAGAAGAAUAAGUAAAUCGAAUUUGGCGCUCGAUGGCCUGCCAAGGUAUUCGAAAAGAAGAAAUUAUAUCAGAUGUGAUCGAAUAAUUGUUUGGUAAAUAUUUGAAAGUUACGUUUCCUUCUCAAGUCUUCUAGACUAUCGAAAGUCUUGAAAAAGGGAAGGAUUGAUGUGUACCUUAAAAUGAUUUAAAUGUACAUUCCGUGUAUUUUAUGGUAACAUAAUUUAUAGCGAACGGUAAUGACCGAUACCGUUCUAAUAAAUGGUCCGGCGACUGUCGGCCUCUUUCAACACGAA